GGGGUGUCUGAGCCACACGUCACCACACAUGCAACACGAGCGCAGCACACGCCACACGCGACAAGCGCUCCCCAUGGGCCGGCUGCGCAGAGCGUGGCUGCUGAGCUCAGCCCUGGCGGAGACCCUCUUAUUCUCGGGGGGCCUCCUCGGCUGGAGCUCUUUGGGGCCCCUGCUGGCGGAGCUCGGGGUUCUUUCCGACAGCUGCGAGCCAGAUCCCAGAGCGGCGCAUGCAUGGAGUAACUAUAGUACCGCCGAGUACCCCGGAGCGGGGAGCGUGGGUCCAGCCGACUCCCCACCAUCCACAUUUUGCCCGUCUCAGGAGCAAAGCCUGAGUCUGGGGUUCUCGGUGGGCUCUCUGUUCCUGGGGGGUACAUUUCUACCCCUGCAGCUUCUCCUCGGAUAUGUCCAGCUGCGCUCUCUGCGCCAGGUCGGGGGCGCUCUCGUGGCUGUCUCUCUACUGACGCUGACAUAUUCCUGCACCAACCCUCACACUCUCUCUUUGCUCCUGCCCUUUGCCCUGGUGGGUCUAGGAGUCGGGGGCAGUUGCGUGGUGUUCACCUCUCUCAUGCUCCCGUUCUUCCUGGGGAACACGGAUACCGUCUACACCCCUCUGGUCAUCGCGUGUUACACGGCAUCGGCAACCAUGUUCACCCUGAUAAAGGUGAUUUAUUAUUCCGGGACCCCCUUUGUGCCUCUGAUCUUGGGAUUUGGAGCGCUGUCCUGCCUCAUGUUCCUCAACAGCUUCUUCUGCUGGGAUCUGGAGCAGAGCGGAGAACGACACAAGUACAGCGUCCGCCUGCGGCUGGACUGUUACGCGGCCGCGCGUCGGGAGCCGGAGGAGGCCGAUUGGUGUCAGAAGUCCCUGAAAUACAAAUUCCAGAAAUCUCUGAGGGACAAAGAGAGGAUCCUGAGCAGCCGGAGAAACAUGGAUUUCAGGAAACCAGAGGACGGCGUCUCCUCUGGGCCCCCUCUGCACCGGAGCCUCCUGAGUCCUCUCUUCGUGCUGCACCUCGUCUCCGACGCGCUCCUCCUCACCUGGCUUCACUUCUACAUCUCAUCGCUCAGCCUGCAUCUCCGCGGGGUCGCCGGGGAUCAGCGCACGGCAGAUCUGUUCUCCUCGCUGUUCGGGGCCCUGCAGAUGCUCGCGCUCUUCACGGGGCCCCUCGCCUCGCUGCUGCUGCACAGAGAGAGAGCCAUAAAGAGGGCAGGGAAAGCGGGGUGUGCGAAGCAGGGGUUUAUUAGGAGACUGUCGUUGGCCUUCGCUGUGAGGACUCUCGCGGUUGUCGGGUUCGGAAUCAGCUGUCUCGUCCCCUCUCUAGGGGUGCAGAUCCUGGGCUUCGUGCUCCACGUGACGGUGAGAAGCUCCGCGUUCCUCUUCAGUUCCUCGUUGUUCGGUUCCAUGUUUCCCGCCAGUCACUUCGGGGCCCUCCUCGGAAUCCACAUUUUUGUCUCGUCGGCCCUGACGCUCUUCCAGCAUCCGCUGUUCCUGCUGCUGACGAGCGCUCUAGGAGGAGACCCCUUCUGGAUCCACGCCGCGUUUCUCGGACUCUCUCUGAUCUCCACCUCCGUCCCUCUUUCUUUGUGCAUCAAGAGAGGCCAAGAGCCACAUCGGCCCCCGUCUCACCCCACGGCCAUCCGCAGGGCGGGCAGCUCCGAGCAGACGUCGGUGUGAAAGUGCCGCUGCCAGCUGCAGCUUCGCGGUGCCACAGACCACGCCGAGACGCGCGCAUUUCUUAUCGUUUUAUUUCCAUAAAUGUGAUCAAGUUACCCAUUAAGAAAAAAAAUAGAAAAAAAGACUAAUUGCCUCUCCCUCUCAGGCAUAAUUACAGCCCUCCCCAGCCCCAAGUGACUCCCCUCCUGGUCCCUCUUUUAUAUAGUGAUUCCUAGCCGCUCCUGGACCCUCACAAAUGGCACUCUGAGCGCAACCGCAGAGCAUCUCCCCCGCCGGGCUGAUCGUACGCUGCGGACAGGGGCCGGUGUAACGUCAUUCCGCAGAGGUCGCAAUAAAUCCCAUUAACCGUAAUUCUACGUUUCCGCUGCGUUGUGUCCCCCCCAAAAAAAUGUACAGUUUCCCUUUUCCAGCAGGGAAAGGGUUAAGUGGUUGUAUACCGUCCGUCUCACUAACAUGCGCGGGUGGCUGCGGGGAUCCGCCAACCAGACGCCGCCCGUUAGCAGAGAAAAGA